UCGGAAAAGUCCAAAAAAUUUGCUUUGCUUGAGGAACAAGUAAAGAAGCAGGUACAAGAACUAAAUCCUUGCCACCUGCUCCAGUCUUGUUCACCUGUUCUCUCUACCCAACAACCUGCUCAACCACAAGAAAUCCAAAAUCAGACACAUGUUCUUGAUCAGAAACUUCAACCCGAAAAACAAUCCUUGUCUGCAUUGUCGGAAAAGCCCAAGGAAUUCGCUUUGCUUGGGGAAGAAGUAAAUAAGCAGGUAGAAGAACAAAAUCCUUGCCACCAGCUCCAGUCUUGUUCACCCAUGCUCUCUACCCAACAACCCGCUCAACCACCAAAAAUCCAAAAUCACACUCAUGUUCUUGAUCAGAAACUUCAACUCGAAAAACAAUCCUUGUCUGCACCAGUAUGCAUUAGUUUUUCCUG